CAUGUGCUCUGCCGCUUUUAAAUCUCCGUCUACUUCCUCGUGUCACACUUUCUCACACUCUGCAAAAAAACAUUUUCUUUCCUAAAAUCUCCAAUCCAAGAAAAAUCAAAGCUUAAAGCUUUCACUACAAAAGGGGCAUCUUCCUCUUUACCUCUCGGUAACCAAACGUUGCGUUUGUGUUAUAUUCCAUCCUAUAAGAGAAUAAUAACAAAAAGCUCUUUUUUUUUCUUUUAACUUUCUCGGAAAAUCUUCGCUUUCCCCUUUCCUCUCUAGCAGUUUUCUAUAAAAAAAACUUCUCCUUCUUUGUUCUGAAGAGGAGCGUCUCUCUUGUUCUUCAAGUUUCUUCCUCUGCUUUUUUCUAAAGUCUUAUCUUUAUCUUUGUCUCUUUCCUUUUUUUUCCUCUCUUUGCUUUUUCAAAUGCUUUUUCAAUCUCUCUGAUAUAUACACACAGAACACAGUCCAAGUAACAGAGAGAGAGAGAGAGAACAAAUGGAACCGGAGAAGAAUCUCGUUCUCCCGAAGAUCAAAUUCACCGAGCACAAAACCAACACGACAAGAACCGUACCGAGUCACCACCAACAGCCAAGGCUUAUCCGUAUCUCCGUCACCGACCCAGACGCAACAGACUCCUCCAGCGACGAAGAAGAAGAAGAACAAAACCACCAACAGCGUUUCUCCUCGAAACGCCGUCGUAUCAAGAAGUACGUCAACGAAGUAGUUCUUGAUUCUGGCGCUACUACUACUUCCACCACUCAAAUCGAACCGAAUAGGAGAAGGAAGAGACCGGUUAUCGUCAAACCUGAACCGGCUCCCGCUCCGGAUAAGAAAUACCGAGGAGUCAGGCAGCGUCCCUGGGGGAAAUGGGCUGCGGAGAUAAGAGACCCCCUCCGCCGCGUCCGCCUCUGGCUCGGAACUUUCAACACGGCGGAGGAAGCCGCCUUGGUCUACGACAGCGCCGCGAUUCAGCUCCGCGGCCCCGACGCUCUCACCAACUUCUCCGUCCCCCCGCCGACGGCGGAUACCAAAUCUCCCAAGAAGAAGAGCAAAACCAAAGACGACGUCGCUUCAUCCUCCUCCGCCACCAGCAGCGACUGCCUCCGAUCUCCGGUGUCCGUUCUCCGAUCUCCCUUCACCGUCGACGAAACCUCGGCGGUUAUCGUCAAGGAGGAGCCCUCGGCGACGACGGCGUCGGAGACUUUCUCCGAUUUCUCGGCGCCGAUGUUCUUGGACGAUGAUUUGUUCGAUUUCCGGAGCGACUUUCUCGCCGGAGAGUUGUUCGGAGAAGAUGUAUUCGCGGAUACGUGCACUGGUAUGAACUUUGGAUUCGAUUUCGGAUCAUCCGGAUUACCCAACUGGCACGUGGAGGACCAUUUUCAAGAUAUCGGGGAUCUAUUCGGGUCGGAUCCUCUUUCUGUUUAAAUAAAUUUUAUUAAUAACCGGCCGUUAUUAUACGGACGGCGAAGUUUUGUACCGGUGAGAGAUAUAGCCUUGAUGUUUGUUUUUAUCUUCUUCUUUUUUUUCUACUUUUUGUGCUUAUAUGAAAUGAAAUUGUAUUAAUGUUGUUAAUGUUUUUAAUGGUAAUAUUAAUUAGUAAGUAA